UUGAAACAACAGAACGUGUUGUCGCCUGCUCAUUUUUGUUGAAUCCAAAUCGAACGAAGCAAUAUCCAUAUGAAGCAAUAUUUUAUGUAUAUUUAUGUACCAAAAAAAAAUGUAAUAGUUGGAAGGAUAAUUUCUGCAUUGUUUUUUAAAUAACUAAAUUUUAAGAAAUAUGUAAUAUGGAAAUUAUGAAACGGACUUACAUAUAAGUUUGUUGAACAGGCAAAAGAGGUAGGAAGAAAGAAAAAGCUCUAUUUCGAAUGAAAUAGAAUAUUAUUCUGCUUUUUUAAUAUAUUAUAUAUAUACUCUAUAUGUACACACAUAUUUAUAUACACAACUUUUUAACAAAAAGGUUAUAGAUUUAGAAUUGUCAAUCUUUAAACUUGAAAAAAAAAUCGUACAUUAAUCUUCCUGGGAUCAAAUUAAAAGAGUAGAGAAUAAAUGGGAUCCAAUUAUUGACAGUGUCCCAAAUAUUGGAAAUCUGAUAUUAAAUAUUUUUUCUUUUCCAAUUAGAAGAUAUAAAGUUUUACUUUUAAUGAAAUGUUAUAACAAUAAUUAAAUUCCUUAAAAAUUCAAGUAAAAUUAAAUACAAUUAUGUAUAAAUAUAAUUUAUAUAUUUGAAAAAGCAUUUAAGAUUGAAUGUCUAAUAUUUGGGAGAUGAUCAGUAAUUAAUUAAAUUAUUUACUGUAUUGUAAUGCUAAAGAGAAUAAAGGUUAUACAUAUAUAUACAAUUAAAGUUUUACUUUAAAUUUUUAAUACGUAGACGAAAUAUUUAUAUAUUUAUAUUUUUAUUUGCAUGUAUGUGUUUUUAUCUUAGAUUAUUUUUUAUAUUUUAUUCGGUGAAUCUCUCAACAAUAGAACAUUAUUCUACUUCGUCUACUUGAGUCGACAUAUCUGUAACCAUAGAGAACGUUAUCACCUAGAUGGAUACUAUCACGUUAUCGUCAUUAUUGCAGUGAUAUCGAAAGCGAUAUCACGCGAUGCACGAUAUUUCGCAAUGAUGCGAAAGAGAAGUGAAAUCUCUGGAAACAUACUCUUUUCGAUAUAUAUCAGAUUUUUGCUUCUAGUGUCAUAUAAACGAUUAAUAGCCACAUUAAGUCCUUAAUAGCUGGCAUUGUGGAUGCUGCACGGAGUAAUUAACACGCAAAUAACGCAUACUAUAUUUUUAUGCUAAUACUAUUCCAUUCAUCACGAAUGCAGCGGAAUUUAUGCCGCUCGGCAAGCGUAAUAAUGGUAUUGCUAAUAAAUUAUAAGUACCAGCAAUUAAAUCGCCAGGAUUGAUUUUAUUAACAUGCCACGUUUUCUCAGCAUAUUAGACGCAAAUCACAUUUAAAUGCUCGAUCAGGGACACACACCAAGAAAGAGAAACGUAAUCCUUAGCGAGAAUGCAUUGUCUUGCACGAGAAAAACGCGGCGUAUUCUGCGAAUUCGUUUGUUAAUUCCUCGAAAGUUUCAAAAUUAAUCCUUCCUAGAAAUUCUAUUUAAUUUCUUCUAAUUCCUCGAACUCUUUUAUUACAAUUUUUUAACAGAUUGUUUAAUUAGACGUUUGAAGUAAUUAAACGUCAAACUAAAAUACUAUCAAAGUAAAAUAUAUCUAAAGAUAAAAACGACGGAAAUUAAGAGACGGAUUUUAUUUUCGCAAAAAGCGACGUUCUUUUGUUCGCUUAUUAUAAUAGAGUCAUUCACAAAAAAAUUAAAAAUUAUGUAUGUUUUUUUUUUAUUAAGUGUAAGUAAUAUCAAUGUCGAUUACACUUUAAAAAGUAAUAUUUCAUACGUAUUUAUCAAUCAGUAAUUAAUUAAAAGUCAUUAAAAAUUCGAAAAAUGUCACGUGCCUUCAAACGUGAUAUGAUUGGUCGAAGAUAAUGUGACGUCACGAUAUAUGACAUAAGUCACAUUGUUUUAGGUGGCUGCAUGCAAACACGUUAUGUAACUAAUUAUUUUUAUUACAUACAUUGUUUCUUUAAUUGGCAUUUCGAUGAAGCGAUCUGAGGGCUUCGUGCAAGCAAAAUCGGACAAUUUACCAAAAAUGACAGUGGUAAUGUUGUCCGAUUUUUUUACUCAAAGUGAGUGUUUCAACAUCGCAGAGACUACAGGUGUUAAAGCUGAAAGAUCUAAACGUGAAGAAUAUGGAGAUAAUGCCAUUGGAUAUGUUGAGCUGAAACGAGAAGGCUCAAUAUGCACUGUUCGAGGAAAAAUAUGUCCAGAGCAUAAAAUUCGAAGUAAACCUUAUACAGUUUUUCUUAAGAUAGAUGAAGAGACUGAAGAAAUUAAAGAAGCUGUUUGUCAUGAUUGUGCCGCUUCUGCGGGUGGUUGUAAGCAUGCUAUUGCUUUUAUGAUGUGGGUUCAUAGGAGAAGUGAAGAACCAGAACCAACAGCAACAAUAUGCUAUUGGAAAAAAUCUAGAUUAGCUCAAGUAGGAAUUAAUAUAAAGUGUAUUACAACAACAAAAAUGAAAAAGCCACAAAUGAAAUAUAAUUUUGAAAACGCUGAUAAUUUUUUUGAUAAAAUCUUGCAUGAAAUGCAGAUUUUGCAGUUCACUAGUCAGAUAUCUAGACAUUUAAUUUCUUUAGAAAUAUGUAAUAAUUUAUCACUGCAUCAGUUAUUAAUACAAUUUGCUAAAACUCAAGGAACAAGUGCAGAUGACUUUUUGGCCUUUUCUAAACAAUUAAUGUCUAUCAAACAGUGUAUUGAAGUAGCUCAAGAAACAAAAUUACAAUCUAAAUCUAAACUAUGGAUGGAAAUGAGAUACGGUCGUAUUACAGCAUCCAGAAUUUAUGAAGUUGCUCAUUGUAAAACUGAACGAGGCACAUUAGUUGAACAAAUAAUUGGAGCAGCUAAAAUUAUAGAGACUGAAGCAAUGAAAAGAGGAAAAGAUUUAGAGAAAAAGGUGCCUCUCCUGAUGGCAUUGGUCCUGAUUUUGUCGUAGAAAUAAAAUGUCCUACAACAUCAAAAGCCGAAUUGAAAUAUAUUACAGCAGAACAGAAAAUAUGUAAUAGAUAUUUGGCUCAAAUACAACUUCAAAUGUUUAUGUCCAAAAUGAAGAAAGGAUAUUUUUGUAUGGCUAGACAUAAU